CAAAUGGCUGUGUCGAAAACCAUCUCUCUGUUAGCGGUUCUAACUGUCUUGUUAAAAAACGUCCACGGCGCUUCGCUAUGCCCUGCGAAGCAACAAGAUGGCUCCGUUUGCCCGCGUUCAAAACGCAUCAAGAUUCAUUUCAAGCCAUACUAUGAAAUAUUCUUCGAUAAAACGGGCUCUAUGGACAGCCUGUAUCCUAGUAUACUCCGUAAUGCGACCGCGCUGUGUUGUAAUACCAGCAUUCUAGAUUUUAUUCCAGUGAACAGCUCACACAAGGACAUCGAGGAACUGAUCCAAGAUGAGAGCUGCGCGAAAGUGGAGCGAAAUGAUUCCAGUUUGAGUUUCUUCUUCCCAGUCUUUGUUAAAAGCGGAAAGAAGGUUGCUUUUGACGAGGAAUUUCAGUUUCUCCAGCUUGUAAAAUCGCCAGGGCCUGUUAUUAUGAUGUUAACUUCGGAAAAACAGAAGAUGAAAGUCACUGCAUCUGUUGCUGUUCGAGAGUCAUGGCCACUGUUUGUCUUGAUUUUAUGUUUGUCCGCGACUGUUGGCCUCCUUGGUUGGCUUUUGGUAUGUAUAUUCUCAUUAUAUUGCUCGGUUUCACUAAGCGCUAGAUGGUCGUCAGCCUGCUGUUAUCAGAGAGUCUUUUCAUUCCAUGUAGUAAUCUUGUAUUUGGUGGUAGAAUUCCUAAAGAUGUGGUUCCUUUAAGUGUCAACAUUUUCGAAGUUCGCCACCAUUUGCAGCCCCUGUAACGCUGACUGAAACCAACUAAGAAUAUUUUCAAGUAAGAUUAUUGAACGGUAACGAAUUUGUAAUGAACAUAAUGUUUAUUGUGAUUGCAGAAAAGCUAGCACCAGAUAAGAUACUUCAUUUCAAAAGGGUUGCAUUUCUAUAAAUGUCUGGUUAACACGCUAUAUACUCAGGUAAAACUCGCUAAAUUUGAGCUACUUUUUGGACCACAGGUAUCAACCUCAGUCGAUACAGGAAACGAUCUAUUUAUAUAAGUACCUAAACAAACGCUCUCAUUUCUUUUUAAGGAACGAGUGUUUGCUCCGGAUCCGACAAGUAGCUCAGAAUUGGUGAGAUUUAUAAUUGCCUUUAAAAUGUAUUUAACAGACCAGAACAGACAAGCUUUUAUACUGCACUGCAUUAAUUAAGCCGCUGGCGUUGACACUAUCAAAGUUUAUAUUAUCGCAGUAGGAAUUUUGCAUAGGUAAAUUUACCAAUGUAAGCUAGUUCCAACUUCUAAGUUUCGAAGGAUUUGUAAGAAAUGUUUGAGGAAACUGGCUCGUGUUUAAUACCGAGUCAGUUUCCUCGAACAUUUCUUACAAAUCCUUCAAAACUUACAAUUUACCCAUGCAAAAUUCCUAUUGUGAUCACAGAAACUUUGAUAGUAUGACCAACCUUCAGGGGUUCCGCACAGUAUGACUUUGAUUGCUUAUUGUGAUUUCUCGCACGAACCAAAAUCAUGGAGAGGAAUUCACGGCAUGAAAAAGCAAACAGUAAAAAAACAUUGUCUGAACCAUCCAUCAUAUUUUGUCAUUUUGUCAAAAACAUCGGCAUUUUGUUCGAACCGUAUUGUGUCGGUACAGUAUUCGUAGCCAGCUUUUGGUGACAGUUUUAGUUGCGAAAUGUAAUUAAAAUGAUAGACAAUAGACUUCUAAAUUAGUUUUUGUUUGUGGUCUUGCAUGCUUAAAUACAAUAAAAAGCCGCAUUUGGAUAAACAAAGUGUUUUUCCAUUUAGCGUCUAGUUUAUUGAAGCGCCUACAUGAUACUCUUUGUGUCAGGUCGUGUUUUGUUACAGUAAAAAGUUAUUACGGACAAUGAAGACACUCCCAUUAGUUUUGGAGUUCAUUUAGGGCUUUGUAGCAAUUAAACAACACCUCUCAAGUACAACACUAUUACAAAGAAUGAACAUUAUUUUCUCACUCUGGAAACUGCAGGUUUACCACCUUCUGCUGUACGAUAGUGCUUUGUGAAAUUAACCUGUUCCAAUAAUUUUACAUUCCUUUUUAUUCCAGGAUCAUUCCAGCAAUCCCUCACAGUUUUCGUCUUGGUUUUACAAAGGAGCAUGGGAAGGCUUUUGGUGGGCUAUGGUUACUAUAACAACAGUUGGGUGAGUGAUAUGUCAUUGCUCUAUCAGUUCUAAACUGUUCUCUCCAGAGAUCCAGUAAGAGUCAUCUCUUAUUGAUCCAGUGUUACUACAGGAGGAAACCUAAACUAAACUAACUUUAUUUAUACUGGAUAGCUCUAUCAGUUCUAAACUGUUCUUCCUAGAGGUUCAGUAAGGAUCAUCUCUUAUUGAUCUAGUGUUACUACAGGAGGAAACCUAAACUAAACUAACUUUGUUUAUACUGGAUAACUCUAUCAGUUCUAAACUGUUCUUCCUAGAGAUCUAGUAAGGAUCAUCUCUUAUUGAUUUAGUGUUACUAAACUAACUUUAUUUAUACUGGAUAACUCUAUCAGUUGUAAACUGUUCUUCCUAGAGGUCCAGUAAGGGUUAUGUCUUAUUGAUCCAGUGCUACUACAGGAGGAAACCUAAACUAAACUAACUUUCGUUUAGAUACGGUGACAAGGUACCGGUGGCAUUUUUCUCUCGUGUUUUGACGAUACUCUGGUUGUUCUGUGGUGCAAUCAUUCUGUCAUUGUUCACAGCCAAUGUGACUUCUGUCUUAACUUCCAAUCAGAUGGAUAACACGAAGAAUCUUAUUGGUACUAGGGUGAGUUGAAUUUUGAGAAAAGCGUUUGAUCGAGUAGUGAUUAUAACAGUGAUGAUGAUGGUGAUGGUUCUGAUGAUGAUGAUGAUGAUGAUGAUGAUGAUGAUGAUGAUGAUGAUGAUGAUGGUUCUGGUUCUGAUGAUGAUGAUGAUGAUGAUGGUGAUGAUGAUGAUGAUGAUGAUAAUGAUGAUGAUGAUGAUGAUGAUGAUGAUGAUGACAGUUUUCUAUCUCUUUCAGAUUGCAGUAUUAAACAGCAAGCAUUAUUUUGAGUCAAAUUUGAAUAUUGGAGGCACCAUUGAAGGUACAUAUUUACUUCAACAGUGAUAUAUCACUCAGCAGAGAGAGGUAUUAAUCUUCAAAUGUGGUUGUCCAUUUACUUUCAGAAUUUAAUUCUCAAAAUGAGAUGUUUGCUCGGCUUCAAGAUUUGAGCGUGGAUCGUGUUUUGAUUCCAAAUUAUUUCGAUAUUGUUCGUUUGGAAGAAAGCAUGCCAGCGAUGAAGUUCUUCAGUGUUGUAGAUGUGAUCCAUGAGCCAUUCCGUACUGGCCUGGCACUCGUCAACAAACAGAGCACCGAGAACAAAGCUUUUGUUUCAUGCCUUCAAAAGAAAGUCAAGUUAUUUCAUACGGUACGGAAUAUAAGAACUGAUAGAGCUAUCCAGUAUAAAUAAAGUUAGUUUAGUUUAGGUUUCCUCCUGUAGUAACACUGGAUCAAUAAGAGAUGAUUCUUACUGGACCUCUAGGAAUAACAGUUUGGAACUGAUAGAGCUAUCCAGUAUAAAUAAAGUUAGUUUAGUUUAGGUUUCCUCCUGUAGUAACACUGGAUCAAUAAGAGAUAAUCUUUACUGGACCUCUAGGAAGAACAGUUUAGAAUUGAUAGAGCUAUCCAGUAUAAAUAAAGUUAGUUUAGUUUAGGUUUCCUCCUGUAGUAACACUGGAUCAAUACGAGAUGAUUCUUACUGGACCUCUAGGGAGAACAGUUUAGAACUGAUAGAGCUAUCCAGUAUAAAUAAAGUUAGUUUAGUUUAGGUUUCCUCCUGUAGUAACACUGAAUCAAUAAGAGAUGAUCCUUACUGGACGUCAAGGAAGAACAAUUUAGAACUGAUAAGGGUAUUCAGUAUAAAUAAAGUUCGUUUAGUUUAGGUUUUCUCCUGUAGUAACACUCGGUCAAUAAGAGAUGACUCUUACUGGACCUUUAGGAAGAUCAGUUUUGAAGUGAUUGAGCUAUCCAGCGUAAAUGAAGUUAAUUUUUCAAUCGCAGGUUCCGUCAAAAGACGCAAUUACCAACAACCAAGACUCGCUGCACAGAACAUCAAUGCUGUUUGAACACGAUAUCCUAUUGAUAAUCUAUUACAACCUCCUAGCAAUUGCUGUUAUCGCUGGAAUUGGUGUAGUCCUCGAUCUGUUUAGAUGCUUUCGAGCCGGAAAGAAAAGAUUGGAUUCCAAUGACAGAGAAGGUACUAAAAAAGCAGGGACAUUCGCGAAGCCAUCAACAUUGGGGGUGGGGGUGGGGGGGGGGGUGUCGUCAUGUUUUGACCAACAUUUCCUAGGAUUUUGACCAAGUCGUACAAAUUUUCCCCGAAAAUGUUGUCGUCAGGGGAGGUCAAAAUAAUUUUCCGGACUAACAUAAUUAACAUAUAAGCAUAUUCAAUAUUUUUCGACCAAGAUAAGCAAGGCUUCCAAUUUUUUCACCGCAAACAUAACAAAAGCUUUAAAAUUGUUAAAAUUGCGAACCAUUUCAGAACUUUCACUCUCUUUGGGCAACCUCGACCAUCUUUUAUCUCAAACUUUGACCAACUUUUUCCGAGAUUUACCUUCAAUUUUAAGCAAAUAUCAGUUCCAUUUUGACCAACGUUUGAAUUAUUGGGGGGGUGUUACACCCCCCACACACACCCCUAUAGCGACGUCCCUGUAAAAAAGUAGAACCCACAAAGGACCUUGUUCGAAACGUCGGCGAUUUGUCACCACCUACCCUGGCACAAAUCUUUCUACCUAAAGUAGCUCAAAUUGUUUUUCUAACCCAGACACUGUCAGCAUUUUCGGUGGGAGGAAGUACCCGAAGAAAAGCCACAACAUUCGAUAGAGCGUUGACUCACAUAAAUUCUGGUUUCCAUUUGGUCGUAAAGAUUGAGUCACGAUCUUUCUCAUCAGCUGAAAAACAAUAUUUUAGAACUGAUGUUUUUGAUGUUACUGCCAGUGACGAGUGUGUAUCUACAACGGGCAGGCUGAAAAGUUAGCCUAACCACGGUGGGAAUCGAUCCCGCGACCUUUGGGAUACUAGUCCAAUGCUCUGCCAACUGAGCUACGAGGUCAAGUCUGUUCGAGUCUGUGGUACUUCGGAACAGUAAGUCUCGGUACCAAUGUAUUCUAUGAUCUAAUCUGGCAUUUUGCUUUGUUUAGAGACAGAGUUAAGUCCUUUUGAUGAACGGGAAGCAGACGUGUAAUCAUCAGGAAUAUACAGUCGUUGGGUGCAAGUAAGACGGCGCGAGAUACAUCGGGUGAUAGGCCAGCGAGUCAUGUCAUGAAACCUUCCCAAGUCAAAUUCCUGAUCGUGUGUGGAAUGUAGUAUACCUAUUAAUCGUGGACAAAAUAGAUGGGAUAUUGAUGUCGGCCCAACAAAUCGCAGCAUGUAAAUGAACCCGUUAUGUCCAAUAUUGUAACAAGCUAUUGUAACAUAUAGUUAUAGAAAACGCCUCAAAUGGUAUAAAAUGGCUAACACAGUUUGUAAACAGGUUAUAUCAUAUAUAAAUAUAUAUAUUAUGCAUGAA